UUUGGUGUUGGAUUCCAUGAUCAUCAUCCAUUCUUUUUUAUUUGGUGUUGGAUUCCAGUUAUCAUUAUCCUCUUUCUUUUUUUGGUGUUGGAUUCCAUGAUCAUCAUCCAUUCUUUUUUUGGUGUUGGAUUCCAUGAUCAUCAUCCAUUCUUUUUUAUUUGGUGUUGGAUUCCAUGAUCAUCAUCCAUUCUUUUUUUUUUUGGUGUUGGAUUCCAGUGAUCAUCCGUUCUUUUUUUUUUGGUUUUGUAUUACAAGUCAUUUUUUUGGAUUACAAGCCAUCAUCCAUUCUCUUUUAUGGUUUUGGAUUUCAAGCCAUCAUUCAUCUCUUUUUGGUUUUGGAUUUCAAGCCAUCAUUCAUCUCUUUUUGGUUUUGGAUUCUAGUUGUCAUCAUCCAUCUCUCUUUUUGGUUUUGGAUUCUAGUUGUCAUCAUCCAUCUCUCUUUUUUGGUUUUGGAUUCUAGUUGUCAUCAUCCAUCUCUCUUUUUUGGUUUUGGAUUCUAGUUGUCAUCAUCCAUCUCUCUUUUUUGGUUUUGGAUUCUAGUUGUCAUCAUCCAUCUCUCUUUUUUGGUUUUGGAUUCUAGUUGUCAUCAUCCAUCUCUCUUUUUUGGUUUUGGAU